AUGGACACUAAACUUCACGAAAUAUUUGAAAAAUUAUUACAAUUCAAUCAAACUGAUCAAUUAUAAACACAAUAAGCUUAACUUGAAGCAUUGUUAAAUUAAAUCAAAGAUGGUAAUUCUUUUUAUUCAUUUAGAAAUGUAAAUACUAACCCAAGACACUCAUUUUGGUAAAGAUCAACACUAUCUACAAUAAUUUCAAAGAAUAGCAGAUGCUAAAAGACGAUUAGAUUUAGUCAAUGCCAAGAUGCUUAAAAUCUAAUCAAGAGUUGAUCUUAUUGAGAAAAGGUUCAUUAAAUUAUCAUAGUGA